ACCGUCGACCUACGUAUCCCUAUAUUGUACACAAAUUGUUCGUUCCGUCGUUUUCGUCUGUCUGUGAGAUUUUGUUACCGCAAAAAAUUAAUUUUGCAAUUGAUAUACCCACUCAAACAGUAAAGUUCCGGUAAAAUAUUUAACAUAUUAAAAGGAGCUUUGAGGCAAACAAAAUUCGUAACAAGCUAUAAGCAGCUGGCACCGAAAACAUCCCAAAAAACCACAACAGCAGCAGCAUCGAUACACCAACUUUGUAUUACAAAGUCAAGCGAAAAAGAAUUACGCCAAGAAUUAAACGGAGGGAAAUACUCAUUUGUGCCGACACGAAAUAGUCACAUCAUAAUGGGAGGACGUCAACGUGGUAAUUCUGGAAAUAGUGGUGGCUUCUUUGGCGGUGGUGGCGGCGGUUAUGGUGGUGGUGGCUAUGGCGGUGGUGGUUAUGGUGGCGGUGGUUUUGGUAACAACGGAAUGAAUCCUUUCAACAAUAACAUGCCACCCAAUAUGACGAACAAUGAUCUCAUGCAAAUUAUGAAUGCAAUGGCCAGUGGAUUUAAUAUGAAUCCUCCGCCACCACCACCGGUACGUAUAUCUUGUGGAGAUUUACGUCUCAAUCACGUGGGUAUGUAUGUUGAACUGACUGGACGUUUAAUAAAAAAGCGGGUUUCACGCUUUAUGGAACUAAGGGACCGCGGCAAUGGUGCCUGCCAAUUGGUCAUUUUGGAGAAUAGGAAUCCUCGGGUGGCCCGUCGUUUGGCUAACAUGCCGGAAGAUACGAUUGUUUGUAUUGCUGGUACAGUACAGAGACGCCCCAAGAAUUCCUGUAAUCAUACCAUGCCAACUGGCGAUGUUGAGGUAGAAGUACAAGAUAUACUUAAUAUUGAUUUCAAUAAUAAAAGGGCCGGAGACAAACGCUCCUACAGUACCAUGAGUCAAAACAGUACAGCUAUUACUAGUACUGAAUAUAAAAUUGCCAAAAAUGAAAACAUUUUAAAAUAUUUUGAAAAUCGUGAUCUAACAUGCAACGAUGUUCGACGCCGUGAUAUUGGCAAAGAUGUUACAUUGGUAGGUUGGAUACCCAAUGGCAAAACAUCGAAAUUUUUACAAUUGAAAGAUGGUUAUGGUCAAACGCAAAUUAUAAUUGAGGAUGAUAGUAUGCGUGAUACUGUGUGCUGUGCACCGGAUGGCACUGUUGUGCAGGUAACAGGAAAAGUUUGUGCCAGACCUAAACAGAAUAUUAAUUUGAAACAUGAUACUGGUGAGGUUGAACUUGUUGUCUCAACGGUAAAGGUCCUCAAUCCUGAUGAGCCCUACGAUGGUCCCAUUAAAAUCAAAGAGAAAGUUAAGAAGUUAUCCAUUAACGAUGUGGUCGAUGAAGAGGCCGAAGAUGGUGAGAAUAAUGGCAACGAUGCUCAGGGUGAAGGAGCUGGUGGUUCUAAAAAGACAACUUCGGCUAGUAGUAAUGUCAUCAGUGUAGCCGAUUUAAAUAAAUUUGCCAGUCGUACUCAUACAUGUGGUGAAUUAACCACCGAUAAUAUUGGUGAAAAAGUAACACUAUGUGGCUGGUUGGAAUUCCAACGUAUGGAUAGAUUUUUCAUUUUACGUGAUGGUUAUGGUUCGACACAAGUUUUGUUAAGCGAUAAGGUUAAGGGUUUGGAAGAUACAAAUCUUACGUUGGAAACUGUAUUAAAGGUAACUGGUACUGUAAUACCCAGACCCACAGCUACCAUAAAUCCCAAAAUGAAGACUGGUCAUAUUGAAGUGGAGGCGGAGACAGUUGAAUUGCUGAAUGCCGCCAAAAAGAACUUGCCAUUUGAAGUACGUCGAUUUAAUAGGGCUGGUGAACGUUUGCGUCUCACACAUCGUUACUUAGAUUUGAGAUUUGCCGACAUGCAACACAAUUUACGUCUACGUUCACAAGUAAUUAUGCGCAUGCGUGAAUAUCUUAUUAAUUAUUUGGGCUUUGUCGAGGUUGAAACACCCACACUUUUCCGCCGAACUCCGGGUGGAGCUCAAGAAUUUGUGGUGCCAACUCGUAAAGCUGGCCAUUUCUACUCCUUGGUACAAAGUCCACAACAAUUUAAACAAAUGCUUAUGGCCGGUGCUAUUGAUCGUUAUUUCCAAGUUGCCCGCUGUUAUCGUGAUGAAGCUACACGUCCCGAUCGUCAGCCUGAAUUUACGCAACUUGAUAUAGAACUAUCGUUUACAAAACGUGAAGAUAUUCUUCAAUUAAUUGAAGAAGUUUUACGUUAUUCGUGGCCCAAGGAGUUGGGUAAAAUACAUACACCAUUCCGACGCAUAACCUACGAAGAGGCUGUCGAACGUUAUGGUACGGAUAAACCAGAUACACGUUUUGGUUUUACCUUAUCCAAUGUCACUGACAUCAUUGAAAAGAAUCCAACAUUUGGUGAAAAGUUCACAAAUUUGGGAGCCUAUGUUAUUAUUGCUCGUGGCAUUGAUGCCUAUUGGAAUACUGGAGCUCGUAAACACUAUGAAAGUUUGUCUAAGGAAUUCUCCGGUACCUUAUUUGUGCGCAAAUUUUUGCAAUAUAAGGAUAUUUUGGAUCGUUUAUCAAAACUCUUAAGCAGUGAAGUGGCAACAGAACUAAUUGAAAAAUUCGACAUUGAGGAAAAUGAUCUGUUGUUCAUGGGCAUUGGGGAGAAAGAUGAAACUCGUAAACUUAUGGGCAAAAUACGUUGUGAUUAUCAAACGUUCCUGGUCGAUAAUGGCAAGGCACGUAAAAUUGCUGAAAAUAAAUUCGUGUGGGUUUUGGACUUUCCAAUGUUUGAAAAGAAUUCGGAAACUGGUAAACUUGAGAGUGUUCAUCAUCCCUUCACAGCUCCACAUCCCGAUGAUAUGGAUACCUUUGUUAAAGCCAAACCAGAUGAGCUAUUAAACAUUCGCUCCCAGGCCUAUGAUUUGGUAUUGAAUGGUCAGGAAGUUGGCGGCGGUUCAAUGCGUAUUCACGACCGUGAUAUGCAACAUUAUGUAUUGGAAGAAAUCUUAAAAAUUCCACAUGACCAUUUGGCCCACUUACUGAGUGCUUUGGAAUCUGGUUGUCCGCCACAUGGUGGUAUUGCCCUAGGCUUAGAUCGUUUGAUAUCGAUAAUGUGUAAGGCUACCUCCAUACGUGAUGUUAUUGCUUUCCCGAAAUCUUUGAAUGGUAAAGAUCCCCUAUCGAAUGCCCCAGUACCCAUUUCACCCGAAGAAAAGGCUCUCUAUCAUUUGUCGGUUGUUGAAAAUGAAAGUACCAAUGAACACGAAGAAGAAGAUACUGACCCGGAUGCAACACGUCGUGUCCCAACACCCAUUAUGGUUGAAGAAGAAAAUGAAAUUAAGGCAGAACCGGCAGAAAAAGCUGAACCCAUGGAGGCUGAGGAUAACAAUGAUGAUACACCCGAGGAGGCCGAACAAAAACCAACAACAAAACGUGCAGUUAAAAAGAAGCAAUAAAUGCUAGACUAAAGAAUGAAUUAAAAUAUUUAAAAAAAAAAUGCAAAUUGGGUACAUAUUAGUGUACAUGUUCCCAAACACAAUGAAAACUGAAUUCCAUAAUUUCUUUUAUACUUCAUUUGAGCCCCUUAGUUGGAUCAUUCUUAUUUGCUAGACGUGCUUUUAAAAGCCCAAACAUUUACACAAGAGUUUCCUUUUUUGUUACACAUUUCUUCUCAUUUUUUUUCAUUUUGUUCGUCACAUUAUUUUUGCAAUUAUUUCUUAUUUGCAUUUGUUUGCAAAAUGCAAUACAGUUUUAAUACAAUAAUUCAUAGGAUACACAUUAUUAUUACUAUAUUUAAUAAAAUAAACUUUUAUUGAAAAGUA